AUGAAGGUUAUACUAUGGAAUUACCGCGGCGCGGGGAAGCCUUCCUUUGCCCCAGCUUUCCGUAGGAUUGUGCAGCAGCAUAGUCCGAAUGGUUCCUGCAGGCUGGAUGUCUUCCAUGUAUGUACCCAGGAGGUGGUAGUGGUGAUCUCGGAGGGUAGCAGAGUUUCAUGGGUUCCUGCUGCGGUGUAUGCUAGUACUGAUUUCAGGGAGAGACGGAUACUGUGGGAGGAGGCGUCUCAGUUGAUUAAUCAGGGGUUCCCUAUAAUGGUGGCUGGUGACUUCAAUUGUAUUGUUGAUCCUCAGGAGAAGAUGGGGGGGAGGCCUUUCUUAUAUGAGAGGCCUUUCUUAUAUGAGAGGAAGGUUAAGGAGUUCCAAGAUUUUUUGACAUCGAGUGGGUUGAUAGACUUGGGGUUCUUUGGCUCUAGGUUUACAUGGUGCAACAAUCAGCAGGGCCAGACUAGAGUAUGGGAGCGACUUGAUAGAGCCUGCGCUACCGCUGGGUGGGUUCAGUGCUUUCCGGAUCUCCAUGUGAGCCACUUGCCCAGGAUCGCGUCGGAUCACUGCCCACUACUAGUGAGUACAGACACUUACAUUCCAGUUCGUCAUCCCUUUAGAUUUGAGAAAAUAUGGCUCUGUUAUCUGAGAUCAUGGGAGAUGGUGAGGGAGGCUUGGAGUGCACCAGUUAGAAGAGAUGCUAUGUAUCGGGUGUCUCGUAGAUUGGAGCUGACGAGGAGGCAACCAAGGAGGUGGAAUCGAGAGAAGGUGGGAGAUAUUUUCAGGAGGAUUGAGGAGUCGGAGGAGGCCAUCAUCGGGUUACAGGCUCGGGAGGACCAAAGGGGUGGUCUAGCGGAUGUGGAGAUGGGGGAGCUCAGAUCAUUAUUGGCCUUGCAUGAUGGGCUUCUUAGACAACAGGAGAUAUUUUGGAGACAGAAAUCGAGAGCGACAGUUAUCAGGAGGCACCAGAACAGAAUUAGAGUUAUCCGGGAUGAGGAGGGGCAGCUGUCGGAGGAUCCGGAGGUGAUUCAGAGGAUUUUGGAGAGCUUCUUCAGGGCUAGGUGGACAGAGCAGCCUAUGGGUGGGAGCUCAGCGGAUAUGGCCCCGCCCUUAUCUAGGGUGUCAGAGGAGGAGACAGCAGCGUUGAUUAGUCCAGUCUCGGACAGGGAGAUCAGAGAGGCAGUGAGGUCCCUUGCGGGGGACAAGGCUCCAGGGCCGGACAGCUUUCCACCUUUGUUUUUUCAGAGAUAUUGGAUGAUAGUUGGGCGAGAUAUGAUGGCGGCUAUACAACAGUUCUUUAGCACAGCAGUGAUGGCAGAGGAUUGGCAGAGGACUUUCAUUACCUUGAUAUCGAAGUGGCAGGAUGCCACGGAGCCGGGUCAUUUUUGUCCGAUUAGCCUUUGUACGACCUUGUACAAGGCAACGACGAGAAUCCUUGCCGGCAGAUUGAGAGAUGUUCUCCCUAGGCUUAUCAGCCCAGAGCAGGGGGCUUUUUUGGAGGGGUAG